AUGAAUUCAACUGAUCACGAAUUGGAUCUGAAACAAACCUCCCUCAAGGGAGAGCAGAAAAGAGCUUAUAAUCUCUUUGAUGUUGGAAUGCAAAUACGGGUGCUGUAUAUCAAAGUGAUGCAAAGAGUUCAUGAUACCAAGGAUGUAAAUACAAAACAGAUGUAAGUAAUCUGACUUUUUUUAAUGCUGGAUUUUAAUUUUGGCCUCAGGUGCUCAGAGAAGACACGCUAGCUGCUCAUUUGUGGACUGGUGUUCUUCAUGGUAGGAAUGUGUUCAUAAAGAGCUUUCCACCCCCACUGAAGGAGCUCUACAGACAUGAGUGGAGGAUCCUUAGCCUUUUGGCCCCUCUUCAGCAUAAGAAUAUUAUAUGCCUCCUUGCAGCAGGAAGUGGUACUGGAGGGAGUCUGGAGGAUCACCAGUUCUUGGUUCUGCAGCACUAUCCAGAGGUUAGUAAUGGGGGUUCUGCAGCACUAUCCCGAGGUUAGUAAUGGUGGUUCUGCAGCAUUAUCCCGAGGCCAGUAAUGGGAGUUCUGCAGCACUAUCCCGAGGUCAGUAAUGGGAGUUCUGCAGCACUAUCCCAAGGUCAGUAAUGGGAGUUCUGCAGCACUAUCCCGAGGUCAGUAAUGGGAGUUUUGCAGCACUAUCCCGAGGUUAGUAAUGGGGGUUUUGCAGCAUUAUCCCAAGGUUAGUAAUGGUGGUUCUGCAGCAUUAUCCCGAGGUUAGUAAUGGUGGUUCUGCAGCAUUAUCCCAAGGUCAGUAAUGGGAGUUCUGCAGCACUAUCCCGAGGUCAGUAAUGGGAGUUCUGCAGCACUAUCCCGAGGUUAGUAAUGGGUGUUUUGCAGCAUUAUCCCAAGGUUAGUAAUGGUGGUUCUGCAGCAUUAUCCCGAGGUUAGUAAUGGUGGUUCUGCAGCAUUAUCCCAAGGUCAGUAAUGGGAGUUCUGCAGCACUAUCCCGAGGUUAGUAAUGGGGGUUCUGCAGCACUAUCCCGAGGUCACUAAUGGGCGUUCUGCAGCACUAUCCCGAGGUUAGUAAUGGGGGUUUUGCAGCAUUAUCCCGAGUUUAGUAAUGGUGGUUCUGCAGCACUAUCCCGAGGUCAGUAAUGGGAGUUCUGCAGCACUAUCCCGAGGUCAGUAAUGGGAGUUCUGCAGCACUAUCCCGAGGUUAGUAAUGGGGGUUUUGCAGCAUUAUCCCAAGGUCAGUAAUGUCGGUUUUGCAGGACUAGCCUGUACUCUAAUUGUGUGACAUACAGUAAGCUUCAGAAAUUAUAUGUUAAGGUUAAAAGAUACAAUUAAAGUUGUAGAACAUCUUCAGAUAUGCAGUUAUUUACUUUCUUAGUCCAUUGCAUUUACCACUAUAAUGCUUUUUUUUGUGGCCUUUACAUUGUAUUCCAUUUAUAUAAAUAUUUUGUGAUACAGGGGUCUCUGAGAAAUUAUUUGACUAAUCACGCCUCUGAUUGGACUACUGCUUGCCGAAUGGCCAUAUCCUUGACCCGAGGACUGGCAUUCCUUCAUACAUACAUAAGUGAAGGUAAGGAAGAUUGAUGCAGGAAAUGUAUAAGCAUGUCACUACAGGGUUAAUUACUAAAAGGAAUUGUCUGGACAAGUGAUUUCAAAAUGAGUUGCAACUUUUAAGCUAAAGUGGCCCAAACAGAAAACGUGGUCAUGGAAAGUUCUUCCAGUUCGGUUAAUAAAUUCAGGAUUUUGAAACUGCCUUUGAAUUCCUGAUAGUUUACACUUUAGUGAAUAAUUCUGCCUGUAUGUGAAUUAAAACUGAAUGGUCACUCAGUUGGACUACAGAUGUUGGUGGAGAGAACUUGAUGAUGAUACUUGGUCAUAUAUUUUGGAAAACACAGAUAUGCGUCAUUCUCCAAGAACAGAGCUUUAACCCUCUUUUUCACUGGUAUGUCACCCUGUGUCCUAUUAUUGUGUGGGUUGCAACCCUUUAGACUUAUUCUGUAGAAAGUGCAGACAACAGGGGAUUACAUCCCCUUUUGGUCCAAAGCCACACCAACUGUACGAACACAUUUUGAAUAAACCCAUUCCAUGGCAUCAUUGGUCUUUUUACUCUGUAAAUCAUGUGAUAAUUUAUGGACACAUGAAAAUGUACUUUUGUUUAAAACUGGUCUAGCCAUCAGGCAGGCUAUUGCUGAAUCCUGGUUGCAUAUGUCACCCCACCCUCUGUGCCAAAGGUUUCUUCUAAAAUCUAACACAAUAUGCUCAUGAAUAAGUUGACCACAGUUAUACACCAUACCUUUUGCUUCAUUUUGUAAAGUUUGUACCCCAUGGUUGGACUAUGCAUCUGUACCAUUAGGUUGUCCCUUUUUCCCUGACCCAUACCUCCUUUUCUUCUUAUAAUCGCCUCUUUACUUUUUUUUUAGCCCAACUUUCUAGGAGGUUUGGAUACCAGCUUAUUUGCAUCUCUAUUGCUCUCUGGUUCAAAUUUAUAUUUUCACUAUGCUCAUGCAGAUAUAUAUCAUUAGUUGUCUUGCUCAAGUACACUUACUAGUGUGAUGGUCUGACCAGAAUUCAAACCAGUGUUUCCCAGUAACCUUACCGGUGACAUAAUCAUCCUCAUCAUCAUAAGAUGUCCUUUGUAUUCUCCAUAGAUACUUACAAACCAGUAAUAGCUCACCGGGAUCUGAACAGCGAUAACGUAUUGGUGACGGAGGAUUCUUCUUGUAUAAUCUCUGAUUUUGGCCUUUCUGUAGUUUUGGAGGGAUGUCGGACGAAGAAUAAGAAUACACAAGACCCAACCAUGAUAUUCAUGGUAAAACUUGACACACAUUCAUGUAAUGAGAGUUUUAUUGGGAUGUUCUGUAGUCCUAUAUAAUGGGGUGAUUGCAACUAACACCCAUAUCUCUUAGGCAGGAACCCUGCGCUAUAUGUCACCAGAAAUGCUGGAUGGCUUCUUGAACCUCAAGUCCAUGGAAAGAGCACUAACACAAGCCGAUAUGUAUUCUCUAGGACUUUUGCUUUGGGAAAUAUUCAUAAGAUGUAAUGACUUAUAUGAAGGUGAGAGGCACUGAGUGUGUAAUUGAAGUCUAACUCUGUUUAUGGCUGUAGUUAUGAUUCUCUGCAAUACAUAAGUUGUGUUUAGUGUAUAGAGAGAGAAUGCUUGUUGUUAGGGAUGCACCGAAAUGAAAAUUCUGGGCCGAAACCAAAAAUUCUGGAUGUCCUUGGCCGAAAACCGAAACCAAAAAUGACUUUUUUCCCCCCAAAUUAUUUUUAAAAAUGUUUUCCCUAUAACUUUAUUAAUAUUAGACUUUUUAAUGAAUUUAAAUAAUCUAAUAUGAAAAACUUCCCUUCUCCCUUCUCUUUUAGUGGUCCCCCCUGCUUAAUGUUCCUCUCCCCUCCCUCUUUUUUAGUGUUUUUUUCCUCCCCUCCCCAGUCCCAUAGUGUCCCCCCUCCCCUUUCCCAUAGUGUUCUUUUCUCCCCCUCCCCUGUCCCAUAGUGUUCUUUUCUCCCCUCCCCUGUCCCAGUUUUCUCUCCCCAUCCGUGUCCCUUAGGUUCUCCCCGUCCAGUGUUAUUUCCCCCCAUCCCUUGUCCCAUAGCGUGCUCCCCUCUUCCCCUGUCCCAUAGUUUUUCCCCCUCCCCUCCCAUAGUGUUCUUUUCUCCCCCCCCUGUCCCAGUGUUCUCUCCCCUGUCCCAGUGUUCUCCAUCCCCUGUCCCUUAGUUCUCCCCUCCCUGUCCCAGUGUUAUUUCUCCCCAUCCCAUGUCCCAUGCUUCUCCCCCACUUCCCCGUCCCAUAGUUCUUUCCCCCAUCCCCUGUCCCAUAGUGUUCUUCCCCCCCGGUCCCAAGUGCAGUACUCUUGACUUUUCAUGUUAUCAUUACUAUAUUUCAUUGUGAUAUAUACUGAUCUGAAUUGCUAAUGAAAGCAUGUCUGUUAAACUAUGCACUACAAAAUAAAAAAUAUAUAUUUUUUUUUUUACAAAAUGUAAAAACUUUUGCCGAAUUUGACCCGUUUUCAGCUGAAACCGGAUAGGCCCUUUUUCGGUCGCAAAUUUCGGCAGCCAAAAUUUUGGUGCAUCCCUACUUGUUGUUUAUGUGUGUUUUGGGGCAGGCUGUUUGUGAUGUUGUGUUGUGAGAGUGUAUGUGGAACCUGCUUGUUGUGUUGUAGAUGUGGAGGCUGAUUGUGGCAUUGAGAGAUCAGGUAAUAUACCCUUGCAGUUCAUAUGGUUAUUUAAUUUAUUUCACUUCUACAGUAUAUUAAUUCUAUGUAAUGCUGGACAGCACUUUCCUUGUACUGCUUGAAAAGGGUAAAGAUGAUAUAUAUUAACUAAAAUAAGGUGGAUACAACAGAACUGCGUACAUACUGCUAGGCACAUUUUUCUCACCCAAAAAACCCUCUAAAUCAUGGGUCGUCAACCUGGUCCCUAUCGCCCACUAGUGGGCGUUUCAGGAUUCCAGAUGGGCGGUAGGGAUUUUGGCGGCUAAAUCCACUUUUUGAGAGGAUUUUUCCUUUUGGGAGGGCGCGAGCGGCUCUGCGGGCGCAGGUUUUCGGUGACCGGCAGGAGGGAAGUGCUCUCUCCUGCCAGGCCACCUUCUGGACCCCCCGGCGUGGCAGAGUUCUAAUCUGAGGCGGCGAGGGAGCUCUAACCUCUCUGCUCUGCUCCCUCACGCAAUGUUUGCUGAUGCCGCGGGAGCCAGAAUAUGACAUCAUAUUCCGGCUCCCGGCAUCAGUAGACAGCCCGCGAGGGAGCAGAGCAGAGAGGUUAGAGCUCCCUCGCCGCGUCUGAUUAGCACACAGCCGCCCGCCAAAGUGAAGCCCCACUGGACCCCAGGGACAGAUCGAUACCAGCUCUCCAGGUAGGGAGGCUGGGUGGACAUUUAAUAUUAAUCAUUUGUGUGUAUGUGUGGGUGUCUGUAACUAUAUGAGUGUCUGUCUGUUAGUGUAUGUGUGAGUGUCUGUAAGUGCAUGUGUGAGUGUGUGUAUGUGUUUCUCUGUGAGUGUAUAUGUAAGUGUAUGUGUGAGUGUUUGUCUGGGAGUGUGUGUGUCUGUAAGUGUAUCUGUGUGUGUUUGUCUGGGAGUGUGUGUCUGUAAGUGUAUGUGUGAGUGUGUGUGUGUUUGUCUGUGAGCAGAGUACUUGUAGAAUAGAAGAAAUAAGGAGCAGAGUAUUUGUAAAAAGGAGAAAGAAAGAAAAGGAGAGAAUUGUUGUUGGCUAAUAAUGGUAAGUGGGCUACCUAGCUCAGCCUUCCUACUGGGCAUUCCUAUAAGGAAGGUUAAAAAAUAGAAAAAAGGAAGAAAAAAAAAGGUGGGGAGGGGAAUUGAGGAGGAAGAGGAGGGGAGCUGAUGCACAGAUGAGAAAUCAAUUUAUGAGCAAACAGAGAAGUCUUCUGAAUAUCACCGAAAGAGGAGACCUUUGUUUGUUCCUUACGAAAAUCGAACCAGAUAUCAAAUAUUUAGUCUCGCAGCAUCAGCCUCAAGGAUCUCAUUAAUCACUAGUAAAGGUAAUUUCAAUUUACUUUAUUGCUUUCUCAUUAAACUUUAUAAAGUUAAAAACAUUAUAAACAUGCAUUAAGUAGAAAUAAAAAGAUAAAUGUACGUACAUUUAUUUUUUUUAAAACACCCUCCUGGGCGGUAAGGAAAUGUUUCCAUCAAGAAAGAUGCAUUAGUGGGCGGUAGAUAGAAAAAGGUUGACUACCACUGCUCUAAAUUAACAAAUUAAAUAUUUAUUGCCAACUUCUACCCUUAGAUCGACAGGCCCCUGAUUACCAACUCGUGUUCUUAAAAGAGCUGGGUCCAAACCCAACACUCGAUGAGUUACGAUUAUUAGUGGUGGAGAACAAAGGUCGUCCACAACAUUCUAAACCCUGGAGAAAAAAUACGCAGGUAAAUUAUAUGUGGAAAUUUUACUACUGAGGUACAAUGACAAAUAGAACUAGGACCAUCCAUACCAUUUGAACCCUAGACAACAUAUAUUUUGAGGUCUCACCAAGAAUCUGUUAGGAAAACAAAGAAUCUGCCGAAGGCCUGGCAGGUGAGGAAAUCUUUAGAUCUCUCUUCUUUUACUUUCCAAACAUUAUUUAAAAAAAGAAAAAAUAUGUAAAAUACUUUGUCACAAAGACAAAAGGGCUGCUAAAUAAAUAAAUAAAUAAAUAAAGUGGGCAAGGGAAGCACAUAUAAAAAAACUAGGCUACAGAAAAUAGCAGGUAAGAGACACACAGACAAUAAAAAGGUUACAGAAAAAACAAGAGGCAAGGUUAAGCACACAUGCAAAAGGAGGUCCACAGGAGAAAUACAACGGCAAGGGAGAUGCACAAAAAAGCCAAAAGAUGCACUGGAUUUAAAGAACAACUGCCUGUUUUCACUAGUUUUUUAAGGUUUUUACAAUAACUGAAACCUAAUAAUUUUUUUAAAACAAUUUUUAGCUUUGUUGAGAAAAUUUUACUUUUUUUAAAAUCUGACUGAGCAGCCAUGUUGGAUCAGAUUCUACAGAUAUCUGGCCAAAUGCUGUUCAAGCUAACUUGCCUGCUAUUGCAGGUUCACACAGAGCAAUUACAGCUUAGGUUGAGUAGCAUAUGGUCAGAUAACAGUAGACUCAACAGAUUUAAAAAAAAAGUAAUUAUUUUUUUCUAAAUAAAAAUCAAUACACAUCAUUUUCCUGUGUACACUCCUCUCUCUCUACAAUUUAAAAUGAACCUUCUUCCCUAAACAUACAUAAAAUUGCUUCCUCCUAGGCCAACAUAUCUGCUUAACAAGAUAGUAAAUUAAUUACAACUAAUCACUGGAGUGCCACAGAGGAUUGAAUAUGUACUUUGGGGAAAUUAGGGUCCAUCAAACAAGAAAUACGAAUGUAAAUAUUUAAUGGCCAUAUACAUUUUUUUUUUAUCAUUUAAAUAUAAACUUUUCUCUACUUGAAAACAUAACAUAUACAUGACCGGUGUAUAGUCGCCAUAUGGGCAGUCGGAUUCCAGGACAACCCCCCACAUACCUAACCCAAUAACGCACUGACACGGAGGUAUAUGGGAAAAUUUGGCCACAGCUUUUUAAACAAUCCUGAAUAAUAACAAUGUAUUAAUUAUAAUAAUAAUAAUAACCAUAAUAAUCAUUUAACAAAUAAACAUGGGUCAUUGCCCCCCAUACACCGCCCUCCAAUCCGAAUCCUUCUGUUGAUAUAAAAGGCAAUGACCCCCAUAUAAAUAACACAUAUAUAUAUAUAUAUAUAUAUAUAUAUAUAACAUAUAUACCAACAUAUUCCAACAUACCAACUUAAAGUGCCAAACAUAAAUUAACCAUGGCAGGGGUAUACCCGGAUACCCCUACUCCACCAGGUUCUGAGCCACCGACAGGACUCGAAACCUACCAACCACCAAUGACCACAGUUUUUCGUCUCCAUGACGGUCAUCCUAGGGAGCCUAUUUCGUCUCCUUCAACUCCCUAUCCCGCUGCUGUGAAAAAACGGGAUAACCCUAAUCAGCCACCAAAAUCUCAGGGAGGGUGGACAGGACAAACUCGGCCAGGUAGGAAAUUAAAAGUGAAUCAUUUAAAAUGGAUGCCUAUUUAAAUAGCCAAGCCUACUUACCCAUAAUUCCUAAGUAGGCCUAACCCCUGUCAAUGCCUUUUUCCGCUUAGCUGCGCUUUGGCUACAUGGAGCUACAGUAUAACAAGUGCACAAAUACAGUAUGGUUUAAACGUGUGCCACCCAGUGGCUUUACUUCUCAUUGCAUUAACUGCAAAUCAGUUCUGUAAAGUGAUGGUCAGGAUGGUGUGAAAAUAAAAUAGUUUGAUUAAUUCACACACAGGAGUUUAUUAUCAAAACUGAGAACUGUAUUGAUUUCAAACCGUUUUUUUUAAAAACUAAUAUGCUCAUUUUUUUUUUUAUUAUUUAUAUAAAAACAAUGAUAAUAAAUUACAUGUAUCUUUGUUAUAGGGCUGGUUCUGGAUAGAUGAAUGUUAAUCAGGAUUAUAAUGUAUUAUUAUCGUGAAUUAUGUGUUGUGCUAUGACCUUUACUAGGUGUUAUAUACAUGAAUAAUAACACUGUAUCUCUUGUCCAGCUCAGCAUGGCUCUGUGGGAGACUUUGGAGGACUGCUGGGAUCCGGACUCUGAGGCCCGCCUGACCGCACAGUGUGCAGAAUGGAGACUGUAUAACCUCAGCUCAGCUCACCCUUAA